AGACUCAACCCACAAAAACAUCCAAUGAUUGCACAAUCUCUCCCUCUCUUCUCUCACUCCCUCCCUCAUGUGCGGUGAUUUAGAUUCAACACAUCCAUCACUGUUUACAUUCUUCUGAAGUUUUGCACUUUGUAACGUUGUAUAACCUAAGAUAAGCACGUCUGAGGGAUUUUCUUGAUUGAGCAAAAAUGGCUGUGUUUCUGUUCCUCGUCCUGGUCAGCGCUGGAGUCUUUCUGGACACAACGGAGGCGCAGGAGGAUCUCGGCAAGCUUCCUGAAAACUACAGGAAAGGUGUUGAAAUGGCUAUGGAACAAAUCAACUCGCAUCAGACAAUCCAAAGCGUUUUUCUCUUCUUCAAAAGUGUGGAAAAAUCUGCCAUUGAUGGUGGGUUUGGUGUUAGUUAUAUCUACCAUCGCUUCUACCUUAAAGCCACUAGAUGCCCUAAAGGAACUGCGAAUGCAGACCCGACUAAAUGUGCUUUCAGAAAUGACAGACCUCUGAUUGACUGUGGAAUCUGCUAUAAGACACACGCUGGAGAGAUCGAGAGUGAACCGAAGGCUUAUGUUCACUGUAUUCACAAACCACAGCUCACACAGAAUUUGCUGAAAAUGAGAAUUGAGCACUGCAACAAAAUGAGCUACGCUAACGGAUCGCCAUCUCUCCUGGCAUCUAUGAACCCCGAGUAGAUGAAACAUAUGACAUAUUCCUAAAAAUUCAUUGGCAAGUAUCAGCCACACUGCAGAAUAUCUUUGCACUGUUCUUUUAUCUAUUCUUGUUUAUAAAAUUGGCAUCAGAUAUUAUGAGUGAUGCUAUUUGUUUAACAUCAUUUAUUCAUUUAAAAAACUGAAUUCUUAAAUGGAAUGAAUUACAAAAGGUUACAAAAGUCUGUGUUUUGGGUUGAUGUUUAAUCCCUUUCAUUUUAAUGAUUUUCAGUCCCUUUAUUCUUUCAUUUAGUCGUCAUAUUGAUUUUAGGGCAUUAAUGCUAACAUUGAACACUGGUGGUAUUUGUUGCACUGUUCUCUAACAAAUAAAUAUUUUUGAGCUACUGUAUACGUGAUGAAUGAUCGUUGGUUUGUUUUAAAGGAGAAAAGCAGAACAUGUUGCUUUUGAAUGCAUUCACUGUUAGUAGAACCACUGCUAAUAAGUGUUUAGUUGAGGCCAAAUUAUGGCCUUAUACACACACACACACACAAACACACACAGUCUUCCAGCACUCCAUUAAUGCUAAUGAGAGGAGACUACUUUGACCCUGAAGUACUUUGACAGCUCACCCUCAUUUAUGAAAUGUAACAAUAACAAGUGCAAUUUUUAGUAAGGCAUUUGUUUAACCCUUGGCUGAACUGUUGCUCUUUUGUAACUAUGCACUGGCAUCAUGCAGGGUUUCUGUCUGUUUUGGUUCAUUCUAUGCUCUUGAUGCCGGUUUAGAAACUGGGUUUGUGUGUGCUGCUGCAUUAAUGCCCUCAAAUUUUAUUAGAAACAAACAUAUACAGUAGUUAUCUGAUGUUAUAUAAUAGGGCUAAAAUAUAACCGGUUAUGAAUGUGUGUUGCCAUUCUAAAUGCAUCCUUAUUGUUCACAUAUAGCAAAAUGUUGUGCUUCCACUGAAUAAUGGGAAUUGUAUUACUUUUCUACUGUAUCUUUCUUUAGAAUCUUCUGUAUCUCUGUCAGCAGUUGAUCAGAACCAUGGACAGCACCUGUGUGCAAACCUGUGUGACAUUACAAAUAUAUGUUUAAAUAUG